AUACAAUGUCAGAGCUGUAGAGACUGGAAUCACAGAGAGGAAGAGACUCCCUGUCACACUUACAACUGUGACACAUCUGCAUCCUGCUUGUAGGCUGGUGAUGUGAGGGCACCACAAACCUAGUGCUGGCAGUUACACACCCAUCAUGGCAAGAGACUUAAGAGUUUCCAUGGACCAGGACCUAGCAGUUGACAUAAUUCCCAGGGAGCCUAAAAAGUUACCUAAACAGGCUCGAGAAGACCCAGCAAUGAAUGAGGACUGGUCCUAUCUGCCUUAUGAGCACAAAAAACCACGGCAGAGGUACAUGGAGAAAGAUGGCAAAUGCAAUGUUCAUCAUGGCAAUGUCAAAGAGACCUACCGAUACUUCAGUGACCUCUUCACCACAUUAGUAGACCUCAAGUGGCAUUUUAGCCUAUUCAUCUUUACCCUUGCAUACACCGUCACGUGGCUGUUUUUUGGGCUUCUUUGGUGGUUUAUUGCUUACGUCAGGGGAGAUCUUGAACACGUAGAUGACAAAAGUUGGGUCCCUUGUGUGGAAAAUCUUAAUGGUUUUGUGUCUGCAUUUCUUUUUUCAAUUGAAACUGAAACCACCAUUGGCUAUGGAUACCGGGUGAUAACUGAGAAGUGUCCUGAAGGAAUUGUCCUACUGUUAAUUCAAGCCAUUCUAGGCUCCAUUGUGAAUGCCUUGAUGGUUGGUUGCAUGUUUGUAAAAAUAAGCCAACCUAAGAAACGAGCUGAGACCCUCAUGUUUUCAAAUAACGCAGUCAUUUCCCUCAGGGAUGGGAAACUGUGUCUUAUGUUCAGAGUUGGAGAUCUGCGAAGUUCCCAUAUUGUGGAAGCCUCAAUCAGAGCCAAACUCAUCAAAUCCAAACAGACAAAGGAAGGAGAAUUCAUCCCUCUCGAUCAAACGGACAUCAAUGUUGGUUUUGACACUGGAGAUGACCGUCUCUUCCUUGUCUCUCCUCUGAUCAUUUCACAUGAAAUCAAUGAGAAGAGCCCAUUUUGGGAAAUGUCUCGCUCCCAGCUGGACACUGAAGUCUUAGAAGUAAUUGUAAUUUUAGAAGGCAUGGUGGAAGCUACAGGAAUGACUUGCCAAGCACGCUCCUCCUAUGUGGAUAGAGAGGUUUUAUGGGGACAUCGGUUCACCCCAGUCCUUACGCUGGAAAAAGGAUUUUAUGAAGUGGAUUAUACGACUUUUCAUGACACCUAUGAGACCCCCACCCCCACUUGUAGUGCCAAAGAGCUAGAGGAAUUACAAAGAGGGGAUCGACUCUACACAGCACAUAGGAACCAGGGAACGCUUAAUGGAGCCCCCAGGUCAGAGAAGAACAUCAUUGGGGUACAACCAGAUUAAACAAGAUGACUUGUGUUGCAAGAUGUUGCAUAUCUCCAGCUAGAGGCAAUGUGAUAUGAUUUGAUUUCUAGGCCCUGACAAUCUGUCCUGAUAGAAAUGCGGGAGAAGACUUGUGGGUGGGAUGAAGUAGGCAGAGGAACUUUGGGUCUGCUACUGAGUCUCAGAAGGCAGGUUACAUCCUGCGGUCCAUGGUGACACCGUUCAGCCUGUGGUGACUUAAUUUCCUUUGCAGAGGGAGGAAUAGUCUGUUCUGCUUCACUCACCAGCACUCAGAAAUCCAGUAUUCUGGUCCAGGUAUUUUUCACUGUGCAGUAAUAGUGGGAUGUGUAUACGAGGGGCAUUUUCACUACUGUUAUAAUAAGCAUCUAAAAAUAAAGCCUUCACCCAUUGUAAAGUGUCUCCUGUGCUUUGCUAGUGCAGAAUGACCUGGAUAGGACUGGUAUCCAGGAUGCUCAGUAUGUGUUCACAUAGCACAUCAGUGCAGCAUGAUAUUUAAAAAUUAAGGGC